GGCUGAGUGGCUGAGCGGCAGCUCGGAUUGGCGGCUUUUGAACCCGGAAGCAGUAGUGGGCGCUCGGAAGCGGCGGGAACGCGGGCCUCGGUGCGCUGCGGCUGCGGGAUGGUCGGCGGUGGCGGGAAGCGCCGACCCGCCGGGGCGGGACCGCAGUGUGAAAAGACAGCUGAGGUAAAGAAGAGUAAGUCUUCUGAAGCCGACAUCUCCAGUGACCUCCGCAAAGAAGUAGAACAUCUUUAUAAGCUCUCCCUGCCUGAAGACUUCUAUCAUUUCUGGAAGUUCUGUGAAGAGCUUGAUCCCGAAAAGCCAGCUGAUGCACUUGCCACAAGCCUGGGUCUUCGGUUAGUGGGUCCUUAUGAUAUCCUUGCUGGGAAACAUAAAAUGAAGAAAAACCCCACAGGCUUGAACUGUAAUCUUCACUGGAGGUUUUACUAUGAUCCUCCUGAGUUCCAGACCAUUAUUAUUGGAGAUAAUAAAACUCAGUACCACAUGGGGUAUUUCAGAGAUUCUCCUGAUGAACUUCCUGUAUAUGUGGGUACAAAUGAAGCAAAGAAAAACUGUAUAAUUAUUCAAAAUGGAGACAAUGUGUUUGCUGCCAUCAAAUUAUUUUUGAUGAAAAAACUCAAAGAAGUAACAGAUAGAAAGAAAAUUAGCAUUUUGAAAAACAUAGAUGAGAAACUCACAGAAGCAGCCAGAAAACUAGGAUACUCACUGGAGCAGAGAACCGUGAAGAUGAGACAGAGAGAUAAGAAGGUUGUGACAAAGACUUUUCAUGGUGCGGGCUUGGUUGUUCCUGUAGAUAAAAACGACGUUGGCUACAGAGAGCUCCCUGAAACAGAUGCUGACCUGAAGAAAAUCUGCAAGGCAAUUGUUGACGCUGCAAGUGAUGAGGAGAGACUGAAAGCAUUUGCUCCCAUUCAGGAGAUGAUGACUUUCGUGCAGUUUGCUAACGAUGAGUGUGAUUACGGCAUGGGCCUGGAAUUAGGAAUGGACCUCUUCUGCUAUGGCUCUCAUUAUUUUCACAAAGUUGCUGGCCAGCUUUUACCUCUUGCGUAUAAUCUACUGAAGAGGGAUCUGUUUGCGAAAAUCAUUGAAGAUCAUCUGGCAAGCAGAAGUGAGGAGGACAUAGACCAGCUCGCAGUGAUGCAAGUCUCAAGAAUACAGUUUUAAUACUUUUAUACUCCAUGGGAGCGGUAUGAAUCCCAGCAAGCCUCUCAAGAUCACAUGAGCGGAAGAGCCAGCUUUUCAUCCCUGCCACUCACAAGCCCAACAUGGAGCUGUAUUUCCAGAGGCUGUGCUGCCUUGUCCAAGCCAAGACUGGACACAGAACACGACCAUCUGUGGAGCUGAAAAGUAGCCCAACCAGAGAGAACUUUGUCUAAUGUGUGAGGGAGGCCCUAGGCUUGACUCCACAUUUAUUUACACAGCAAUUAUAAUUUGGAUGUUUGUGAGUACAGUAGUGAGGAUAAUGAAAUAACUGGCCUUUCAGUUACUGAACACUCAUUAAAAGAGCAAGCUCGAUGCAAUAGAAUAUGAAACCUCCUUUCUCACCAUUGUCCUCCACUAAAGGCAGUCUAAAUUGAAUACUAUGCAUAUUUAACCUAGGGAUCUGACUGGAAUACAUUCUAAAUGCCUAAGCACAUUCACGCAUCACCAUGACCCAAUCAGGACUGUUAACCAACUUAAAUCCAUUUUCUUAGUUUUUUGGGGGGCCCAAUGAUGAAAUUUCUGUUACCUUUCAAACAAGCAUUUAUGUUGGACAUGCCCAAGGGCAUGGAAUAGUAUGAAAGAUAUUUUAUAAUGACCUAAAACCCUUACAUUAGCUCAAAAUUGACCUUGUAAUGGUACUGUCUGUAAACUAUCCUACCAUAAUUCUUAGAGUGAUGCAGCUUACAGAUCUCAGUUCCCAGACUGUUUUCUAGACUAGGGUUUGACAAACAGUACCAGUUCCAAGCAAUGUACUACCUAAAUAUUAGCCCUAACAUUCCUUCUUCCUCUAGUACCCACCUUUCCAACCUGACUAUAAUCUUCACCGAGCCUUUAGGUUCCAUCUCUAUUUCGUAUCCCUAAACUAUGACACAUUUAUGCUAGUACCCAAAACCAAAUAAACUACAUUUUACCCAAGUUCUUGUCGGAACCAUACUGGGGGAAAAAGAAAGCAGCAGUGUUCUACUGAGGCUGUUUUAACCUCAGAUGGCUAUUCUGGAUGCCCAGGGGACCUAGUUCUUUUUCAUCUCCGUUCAAGCUCUAACAUCUUCUCAGUUAAUGCCACAGAAAAAGUGGCAACAAUCAAAACAGAUUUAAUGGCACACUCUUUACACUUGUCUGCCCAAGGUCUCUUUGGCCUACACAAGGUCCCACCCACACAGAGCAUUAAUUUCCUCCUCAUUCCCAUAGUUGGAAGCUAUUAUAACCUACAUACCUUAAAAUCUGAUCUCAAACUAUUCUCUCAGACACUGCCAUCACAAGCAGGAAAAGCAAUGUCCUGCAUCUUGUUUCCUGAAAACCGCACAGAAUCACAGCUCUCUCCUGCCUAACAGAUCCAUUCCACUUCCACUAUUCCAUGCCACUGCCUCCAUAAAACACUCCGGCAGGGCAUCAGGAUGCUCACACUGGCCGACUUUCAGGCCCUGCUUCACCUAUCAGUCAAUACCCAGCUGCUGAGGGGCCUUCAUUUGGUUUAUAUCACUGUGCUUUAAUGGUACCCCUUCCCACUUCAUUGGCGAUUUGCUGUCUCGUCUCUGUCCAAACUUAAAUCCAUGUAAUUUCAUCUUGUUUCUGGAAUGUACCUCUCACUUAGCUCAAGGCUAGUCGUUAACUUGAAUCUCACAUAUGUAUUAGUUCCUACUUGUAAUCCUGUUACUAAAACAUAAUGUCUUGGCAGGAGAAGGAGGAGAGAGAGGAGGGAAGGGGGAAGGGAGAGACCACGGUGGGCAUUUCAGCGUUUAAGAGCUAUUCCAGAGAACUAGAGUUCGCUUUUCACCACCCAGAUCUGGUGCCUUACAGCUACCUGUAACCUGACUGUAACCAAAGACACCUGCACUUACUUGUACAUAAACACACAAAAUAAGGGGCUAGAGAGAUGGCACAGUGACUAAGAGCAUGUGUUGUUUUUAAUAGAGUCAAGUUCAGUUCUAAACAUACACAUUGGAUGUAUCACAUCUGCCUGUAACUCCAGCUCCUGAGGAUCUGACCUCUGGCCUCCUUGGGUACCUGCACACAUCCAGUUUAAAUAAAAUCACACACACACACACACACACACCAAACAAAAACCCCUUAGCAUUGGGCUGACAAGAUUGCUCAGUGGGAUCUGACCUCUGGCCUCCUUGGGUACCUGCACACAUCCAGUUUAAAUAAAAUCACACACACACACACACACACACACACACACACACACACACCAAACAAAAACCCC